AACUAUCGUUCCCGAAAAUGACUUUGUUUCUCAUUCUCCACAACCCCCAACACACCGCUAUCCAAACCAAGCUCUCAGAUCCCUUCUUCACUUCCUUCCUCCUAAACCCUUCAAAGGCUAAAAGAAAGUUCUCCCAAACUAACGGGAGCAAAACCAAGUCCAUCUCUAACCACUCCAAAAUGGAGCUCCACACUUUCUUAACAAAACACAAGAAAAGAAAAGAUACGCUAUACUUUCCUCACUAUCUUUACAAAACUCACAAAAAAGAUCGGAAGGAGAAGAGAAAAUACCUCUAACAAAAAGGAGAUUUUUAGAAGGGAGGCUAUCAAUCAAAACCCUCCAAGCAAAAGCUUUAAAUCUAAAAGGAAAUAAAGCUUUCCAAACCAACUUCAACGCCAUCUCUCUUUCCGGAAUAAAAUUAUAACAAAGACUAUUUACCGAAAAAUAAUCGUAACAAGACCUUACCGAAAAAAAUCUCUUCUCCGUUCGGAAUCCACCAAAUAUCAUCCUCCCUCCCGCGCUCCGGCGAGCUACCAACUAACAACUCCUUGAAGGCGAAUCCAAAUGAAAGAAUUAUUAUUAGCGGUUAUAUAUGAAAAUAAUUAAAGGCACUAUUUAUUAUCACUUUUAUCCCACUAGUUUUAUCACAAAAACAAACAGCUGGUGCGUUUCAAAUUCCAUUCGAGGAUGGCGCUUGUUAGAGCUUGCUUGUUCAAGAUUUUGUCUCACCGUAAUCGUAAUCCUUUCAUUUCUCACUUCUCAUUCCCACUCUCGUCGCCUCUUACUCUUACCAACUCUCUUUCUCUUCCUCCAAACCACUCCUUCACUAUCUCUGCUUCACUUUCCACUUCUCACUCUCACACCACCCGCUUCAAACCAAUGUGCUUGUAUCACACACAGGGAAAGUGCACCAAGAUGGAUGAUCUUAUUCACCUUGACACGUUUAAUCAUGAUUGCUCCAGGGACCUUCUAGUCAAUAUUGCUGAGUUAAACAAAAUGCGCUCACAGAAUCUUGACUUUUUCCUUGUACUUGAUUUAGAGGGCAAAGUUGAGAUUCUUGAGUUUCCGGUACUAAUGGUUAGUGCAAAAACAUUGCAAGUUCAACACAUUUUCCACAGGUUUGUGAGGCCCUCGAAUAUGACCGAACAAAGAAUAAAUGAGUACAUUGAAGGAAAGUAUGGAAAAAUUGGAGUUGAUAGAGUCUGGCAUGAUACAGCUAUACCAUUCAAGGAAGUUAUUGAAGAAUUUGAAUCUUGGUUAAUGCAACAAAAGCUCUGGAAUGGAGGAGAACUUAAUCGUGCAGCAUUUGUAACUUGUGGAAAUUGGGAUUUGAAAACAAAGGUCCCUCAACAGUGUGAAGUGUCAAGGAUAAAACUUCCCAGCUAUUUUAUGGAAUGGAUUAAUCUCAAAGAUAUCUAUCUGAACUUUUACAAUAGGAGGGCCCCAGGAAUGGUUACAAUGAUGAAGCAGCUGCAGAUACCUUUGGUGGGAAGUCAUCAUCUUGGCAUUGAUGACACAAAGAAUAUAACAAGAGUACUGCAACACAUGCUUGUCGAUGGUGCUCUUGUACAGAUUACUGCAAGGAGGAAUCCCAAGUCUCCUCGAGAUGUCGAUUUUCUUUUCAAGAACCGUAUCUGACUGUGGUCUUUAACCUCACUAGUGUACUCAUAGUUUUUUUCACUAGUAAAUUGUUGUUUUCAACUUUUCCAAGUCUUAGUAUUCGAUUUUAGUUUAGUCAAACACUAAAAAUAGUAAUGUAGAAUGUUAUUAUACAAUUGUAAAAGAAAUUAUGGAUGAAAUAUUUUUAAAACAAACUGCCACAAAUUGCCCACUCAGUGAAUCUCUCUCACUCUCCUUUUAUAAUCACUGAGUGAGUGGGCAAUUUCUGUCCGUCCUGCUCAGUAUCUAUUUUUAUAAUCUCUUGCAUGCCCCCGUAUUGAGUACUCGUACUCUUGAAUUUAUGAUGAACUCAAUUAUCUAAUGACAAUUAUUUAAAGUAAACCAUAUUUAUGGAAUUUUAAAAAUUUAAACAUUUUGGAACUAAACAUGAUCCAAAAAAAUGACAUGCAAAAUAUAGUACAUGAAACCAAAAACAAAAAGUCAUCU